AAGUCUUCGUUCAAAGCUUCCGUUGAAGAUUGAAGAUAUAUCCUAGAAACAGAGAGACAAAAACUAACAAGGAAGAUUCAUUCUAUAUAUCUGAAUUUCUAGACCAACCCCCCUUAUUUUUCUGAUUCUUCAUUUUUGUUUUCAUGUUAGUAUUAUACAUAUAUAUGAGCACAUCAAAUGAGAGUCUUUUUCGUAGUAAUUUGAUUAAAAACCGAGUUAAAUUAUUUCCCUCUGUUUCUGCGUGCGUUCUCUUUCAAGACUAAUUCUUACGUGGUUACAUAUAUAUUUGUAUCUUUAAUGUACUGUUUUCCUUUGUCUUAAUCUAUAUGUGUUUUAUGCUUUUCUUUUCUCUCUCUGUCUGAAGUCUAAACCCUUUUCGAUUUUCAUUCUCAAAAAAAAAAAAAACAAAAAGUUUCGUUUCUGGCUGGUUAAGACUACGAGUAUUUUCUUUAUUCAUUUUCCUGGGUUUUGAGCUCAAUACUUCAAACUUUAUUUGGGUUUGUGUUUUUUGUAUUCUGGUAUUCCUCUUCUUGUUUUAUAAUUUUUCCUUUUGGGGUCUCUGCCUUCUUCCUCUUCUUCUUCUUCUUCUUCUUCUUAUAUUUGGGGUUUGUUGUGUUGACAGUUGUUGCCCUUGAACAAGCUUGGUUUGUUUAUAUCAGCUGAAUUUAUACGUUCAUAUAUACUGUAUAUAUAUUGUUUGGGUGAAAUUAAGAUUAAGAGGACAAGUAUUAGUGGGGAAAAGAAAAGCUCUAUAAUUUAUUUAGUUGUGAAGAAUCAAUUGCACUUAGCUUUGGUAAAGAGAGAAAAAAGAGAAUGGCUGGUGGUAGAAGGAGGAAGCUGGCGUUGAGCAAGAUCUAUGGAAUUGCAUGUGGUAAAGCCUCAUUCAAGGAAGACCACUCGCAGAUUGGGCGGCCAGGCUUUUCCAGGGUAGUUUAUUCAAAUGAACCAGAUUGCUUUGAAGCGGGAAUACGCAAUUACUGUGAUAAUUAUGUCAGAACUACCAAGUAUACAGCUGCUACAUUCCUGCCAAAGUCAUUGUUCGAGCAAUUCAGGAGGGUCGCUAACUUUUACUUUUUGGUUACUGGUAUACUCUCAUUCACUCGUCUUGCACCUUAUUCCGCUGUCAGUGCUAUCGUCCCUCUCAUCAUCGUUAUUGGCGCAACUAUGAUCAAAGAAGGUGUCGAAGAUUGGCGCAGAAAACAGCAGGAUAUUGAGGUGAACAACAGAAAGGUGAAAGUUCAUCAACGUGAUGGCAACUUUCAUUAUAGUGAAUGGAAGAAUCUAAGAGUGGGAGAUAUUGUAAAGGUGGAAAAAGAUGAAUUCUUUCCAACGGACCUCGUCUUGCUGGCAUCCAGUUAUGAGGAUGCGGUCUGCUACGUUGAGACCAUGAACCUCGAUGGAGAAACUAAUUUGAAACUGAAGCAAGCACUAGAGGUAACUUCAUCCUUAAAUGAUGACUAUAACUUUCGGGACUUUAAGGCUAUUAUUAAAUGUGAGGACCCAAAUGCAAAUUUGUACUCUUUUGUUGGAACUAUGGAGUUUGAAGAGCAACAGUACCCCCUUUCUCCUCAACAACUUCUUCUUCGAGACUCAAAACUCAGAAAUACGGAUUACAUAUAUGGGGUUGUUGUCUUCACUGGUCAUGACACGAAGGUCAUCCAAAAUUCUACUGACCCUCCUUCGAAGAGAAGCAAAAUUGAGAAGAAGAUGGAUCGUAUUAUCUACUUAAUGUUUUUUAUCGUAUUUAUAAUGGGGUUUGUUGGUUCUAUUUUCUUUGGAGUUGCAACUGAAAAUGACCUGGAAAAUGGAAGGAUUAAAAAGAGAUGGUAUCUUAGACCUGAUAGUUCUGAAAUUCUCUUUGAUCCUAAAAGGGCCCCAGCUGCAGCAAUUUAUCACUUCCUAACAGCUCUUCUUCUCUUUAGCUACUUCAUCCCAAUCUCCUUGUAUGUGUCAAUAGAAAUUGUUAAAAUCCUUCAGAGCAUCUUCAUCAAUCAAGAUAUUCACAUGUAUUACGAGGAGGCUGACAAACCAGCACAUGCCCGUACCUCUAAUUUGAAUGAAGAGCUUGGCCAGGUUGACACAAUACUAUCCGAUAAAACAGGAACAUUAACCUGCAAUUCGAUGGAGUUCAUCAAGUGUUCUGUGGCUGGUACAGCUUAUGGCCGUGGUGUUACAGAGGUUGAGAGGGCUAUGGAUAGAAAGAAAGGUUCACCCCUGGUCCAUGAAAAACUAAAAGUUCAGAACCACAUUGAGGAUUCUACUGAUAUAAACCCAACCAUCAAAGGCUUUAACUUUAAGGAUGAAAGGAUCAUGAAUGGAAACUGGGUUGAUGAGCCUUGUGCAGAUGUCAUCCAGAAGUUUUUUCGUCUAUUAGCAAUCUGUCAUACUGCAAUACCUGAAGUGGACGAAGAUACAGGGAAAGUUUCAUAUGAGGCUGAAUCACCUGAUGAAGCAGCAUUUGUGAUUGCAGCAAGAGAAGUCGGCUUUGAAUUCCACAAAAGGACACAAACAAGCAUCUCCCUAUAUGAGUUGGAUCCUGUGUCUGGAAGGAGAGUUGAUAGGUUGUAUAAACUUUUGAAUGUUCUAGAGUUUAACAGCUCCAGAAAACGGAUGUCUGUAAUUGUCAGAAAUGAGGAGGGAAAACUUCUACUACUUUGCAAAGGUGCUGACAGUGUCAUGUUUGAAAGGCUGGCUAAGGGUGGUCGUGACUUUGAAGAGGAUACUAGGGAGCACAUGAAUGAGUAUGCUGACGCAGGCCUGAGGACACUAGUAUUAGCCUACCGUGAACUUUCUGAAGAUGAAAACAAAGCAUUUAAUGAGAAAUUCACUGAGGCAAAAAAUUCAGUUAGUGCAGAUCGUGAAACAUUAAUUGAUGAAGUCGCAGACCAAAUUGAGAGGGAUCUAAUUCUCUUAGGGGCUACAGCUGUUGAGGACAAACUCCAAAAUGGGGUUCCUGACUGCAUUGACAAGCUUGCUCAAGCAGGAAUUAAGCUAUGGGUUUUGACUGGAGACAAGAUGGAGACUGCCAUCAAUAUUGGCUAUGCUUGUAGUUUGCUUAGACAAGGAAUGAAGCAAGUUAUAAUUAAUUUAGACACUCCAGAAAUCCAGUCUUUGGAGAAAACUGGAGAAAAGGAUGCCAUCACCAAGGCAUCAAGGAAAAGUGUCCUUGAACAGAUACUUCAAGGAACGGCUCAGGUCACUGCAUUAAGUGCGAUGUCUGAGGCAUUUGCCCUGAUCAUUGAUGGGAAAUCACUUGCUUAUGCUCUAGAGGAUGAUAUGAAGAAAAUGUUUCUGGAGCUUGCCAUUGGUUGUGCAUCUGUAAUUUGCUGCCGCUCUUCACCAAAACAGAAGGCGUUGGUUACAAGACUAGUUAAAUCAGGAACUGGGAAAACAACGUUAGCUAUUGGUGAUGGUGCUAAUGAUGUGGGAAUGCUUCAAGAAGCAGAUAUUGGAAUUGGAAUCAGUGGUGUGGAAGGAAUGCAGGCGGUGAUGUCAAGUGACGUUGCAAUUGCUCAAUUUCGAUAUUUGGAACGUUUGCUACUUGUGCAUGGACAUUGGUGUUACAGGAGAAUUUCAUCGAUGAUAUGCUACUUUUUCUACAAGAAUAUCACAUUUGGUUUCACACUCUUUUUAUACGAGGCGUAUGCAUCGUUUUCAGCACAACCUGCCUACAAUGAUUGGUAUUUGUCACUCUAUAAUGUCUUCUUCUCAUCACUUCCAGUAAUUGCUAUGGGAGUUUUUGACCAGGAUGUAUCUGCACGGUUUUGUCUCAAGUUUCCUCUGUUAUACCAAGAAGGGGUGCAGAAUGUUCUUUUCGGCUGGCGCCGCAUAGUCAGCUGGAUGUUUAAUGGGUUUUACAGUGCCAUAAUCAUUUUUUUCUUCUGCUCAAAAGCAUUGGAGCACCAGGCCUUCAAUCAUGCUGGGAAAACUGCUGGUCUAGAAAUUUUUGGGGGAACAAUGUAUACAUGCGUUGUCUGGGCUGUGAACCUGCAGAUGUCCCUUUCAAUUAGUUACUUCACCUUAAUACAACAUAUUGCCAUCUGGGGUUCAAUUGCAUUCUGGUACCUGUUUCAAGUGGUGUAUGGUUUCUUGCCCCCCAGUUUCUCUACUAAUGCGUACAGAGUCUUCAUUGAAGCUCUUGCCCCAGCGCCUUCGUACUGGCUUACCACACUUUUCGUUGUGAUUGCUACCCUAAUCCCAUACUUCUUAUACUCGGCAAUUCAGAUGCGGUUCUUUCCCAUGUAUCAUGGAAUGAUACAGUGGAUAAGACAUGAGGGGCAUUCAAAUGAUGCAGCUUACGUUGAAAUGGUGCGGCAAAGAUCCAUCCGGCCAACAACUGUGGGCUCCACAGCACGUCGAGUAGCAAGAAGCACUCACCAAAGAUAAGAAUCACACAAAUACAGAUGAUACUAGCUGAAUGAUUCCUUUGGGUGGUGAAAAUCUGCUCAAACCUGAAAUUCUGCCUGCAGUACAUGGACAUGAAUGUAAACUCUCUCUAUUCAACUAGAAGGCUCUAAUACAUAAGUAAAGAUCACAGGCAGAGGACGAUGUACAGAAGCAACACUCAAUAUUUGCAAGGCAGGAAUAGAGAGCACCCUGGAUACUGUAAAUUUUGAUUCUUUGUGGUGGGGCCAACAUACAUUUUCCUUCACUUUCUGUACCACAUGCUGAGGUUAGAGCAGUGGUUUUAGCUUUUCAUUUAGAAAUGGAUUCGUUUUUUCUGUUUAAUAAAUCAUUUUUUGUUGUAAUUAAAUGUGUAUCCAGGUUUUUUUUAAUGAAAUUU